UAUGCUUAUAUUAAGGAAUCCUUCUCCUGGCGCUCGGCUUGGUUUGACCAGCCCCCCCGGCCGGACCCUCUUCCUUCCGACGGAGACCACGGAAAGCGGCAACAUGGCCACCGCCGGCCAAGAGCCGGACCCGGACUCGCCCGGCGCCAGGUUGCAGCGGCAACUGCAAGCGGUGGUUCAGAGCGUCCAGUGGACUUACAGCGUCUUUUGGCACGUGUGCCCGCAGCAAGGGGUGCUCCUGUGGUGCGACGGACACUACAAUGGUGCAAUCAAGACGAGGAAGACGGUUCAGCCCAUGGAGGUGAGCACGGAGGAGGCGUGCUCGCAGCGGAGCCAGCAGCUGCGGGAGCUGUACGACUCGCUGUCCGGCGGCGAGACGAACCAGCCGGCGAGGCGGCCUUGCGCGGCGUUGUCGCCGGAGGAUCUCACGGAGUCGGAGUGGUUCUACCUGAUGUGCAUCUCCUUCUCCUCCCCGGGCGUAGGGUUGCCGGGGAAGGCACUGGCAAGGAGGCAGCAUGUGUGGCUCACAGGUGCGAACGAAGCUGAUAGCAAGUCGUUCUCUCGAGCCAUCCUAGCAAAGAGUGCACGAGUUCAGACCGUUGUGUGCAUCCCUCUUACGGAUGGCGUUCUCGAACUAGGUACCACAGAAAAGGUGGAAGAGGAUGUAGGCCUCGUCAACCACGCUAAAAGCUUCUUCGUGGAUGAAAGCCAGUCAAAUCCCGUAUGCUCCGAGCAUUCGACUUCCAAACCUGCUGCGGCAACUGAAAGAAGUCAAAUACCGCCACCUCGGGUCGAGUACAUGCCCCCAGUGGCCACCGGUCCAACUUUUCCUGCUCAUGAUCUCCAGCUAUCAGAUGCAGAAGAGGACACUAAUAUCGAUUCCGAGUCUGAAGCAGGGGAUGGGAGCCCCGUUGACAUGCAAUUAGCAACAACGGCAGCUCCCACUGUGGAAAUUGUAGAGCCACCUAGUGAGCUAAUGCAACUGGAGAUGUCAGAAGAUAUUCGAAUUGGGUCACCGGAAGAUUGCUCAAACCAUUUAGAUUCAGAAUUGCAGCUUCUUGCAGUUAGUAAUCCUGACACUGGCGACAACCAGCAAAAGGACAGCUGCUUCUUGCCACAUGCAGGUCAUAUGUGGCCACUUCUACAGGAGGAAAACAGUAAUGGCAUGCCAAAUUCAGGAGCACUAACACAACAAGAUGCUCAUUAUUCUCGGACAGUGUCAACAGUAUUGCAAAACAAUCCUUGUCAGUGGACAGACCAACCUCCAACUGCUUAUCUGCACUCAUCACAGCAAUCCGCAUUCUCUGCGUGGACUAAUAGUGUGGAUGAAGACUUGCCAGUAAUGACAGAUGGAAGUGCCCAGUGGUUUUUGAAGUACAUCCUGUUCAGUGUGCCUUUCCUUCAUAACAAGUAUAGAGAUGAGAAUUCGCCCAAAGCAAGGGAAGGAGAUAGCACAAACAGAUUUAGAAAUGGCUCCCCUCAAGAUGAACUUAGUGCAAGUCAUGUGCUAGCAGAACGUAGGAGAAGGGAGAAACUGAAUGAAAGGUUCAUAAUCCUGCGCUCCCUGGUUCCUUUUGUGACCAAGAUGGAUAAGGCUUCAAUCCUAGGUGACACAAUAGAGUAUGUAAAGCAACUUAGAAAGCGUGUACAGGACCUUGAAUCGCGUAACAGGCAGAUGGAAGCUGAUCUAAGAGUAAAAGGUCUGGAGGCACAUAAAUCGUGCAACACCAAAGAGAGGUCGACUCAUAUUAACAGCAACAGUACAGCAAGCACUGCUCAUGGUCAAACUGAUAACAGUAAAGCUCCAAUCUUAGAUAAAAGAAAAUUACGAGCAUUGGAAGGAGCUGGUGCAGCAAAGACUAGGUCAGCAGGAGGACCAAUAACAAUCGUGCAGGUAUCCAUAAUUGAAAGUGAUGCAUUGCUCGAGUUGCAGUGUCCAUACAGAGAGGGUCUUUUGCUGGAGUCCAUGCAAGCAUUAACCGAACUCCGUUUGGAAGCCCAGUCCGUCCAGUAUUCAUCAGCAAAUGGUAUUUUUGUUGCAGAAAUUCGUGCUAAGGUUAAAGAAGGAGCUAGUGGGAGGAAGGUUAGCAUCAAUGAUGUCAAGCAAUCGAUUCACCACAUUUUCUCCCCUUGCUGAGAAGCCAGUUAUGCUGGAUGGAGAGCUUGGUGAACAAAUUGAUCUCAGGCAACCAUGGUCGACAAUAUCUUUUUAACUAUCAUAAAAAGGCAACCUGUAUUUGUUCGAGAUCGGAUGCUCAAAUGUUUAGCUGCUAGUACUGUUUGUCAGGGGAUUCUUGAUUAUUGACUUGUAAUGCAGGUUCCAAUCAAAUCAAUGUACAGUUCAUAAUAAAAAUAAAAAGGUUUUUUCCCUUCA